GAACUUCAUUGCUUCCAGCUCGUUCUGCUGGAGCUAAUGCCCUUGCCAGUGGAGUUUGCUGUCAAGAUAAAGCAAAAUAUCCUUUAAAGCAGGGUUUUAUUUCACGGUUUUGUGUUAUAUAGCAUACCGUUGCUUUAAGGACCAUGGCUGCCAGGAUUUUGCCUGUAGUCAAGUUUGCAACAAAAGUUACGAUUGCAGGUGGCGCCCUUUAUGUUGCAUACGAUGCAGGACUUCUUGGAGAUGGUAAAGAGGGAUCUGUCGCCUUGGGUCGAGCUAAAGCUGCCGUCCCACCUGCUGUGGAGGAGUGGAUGAAGUAUUUCAGCGUCGAGCUUCCUGCCGUGCCCAACAUUGAGUUCUCACCACUGGAUGCAUGGAACUCAGGGGUCCAGAAGUCUGUCCAUGCUCUAUCAGUCGCCCCGUCCACAGUUAGUGACUACACCAAACAAGGCCUCCAAUACGUUAAUGACCUCACAAAAUGAGCAUUUAGAACUUUAAAAUGAGUAAAAGUUACUAUUGAAACAUUUCAGUGGAUGAGAAGACUUGCUCACUUCAAGAAGUGUUUUCCCUUGCAUAUAUGUCACAGACUAAAUUCCAUGAAGUUUUGAGGAAAACAACAAGUAGAAUGAUU